UCUUCUUCAAUGCCGUCGGAAUCAGCCAAUCCCAACAGAACCAACCGCCCCCAACACACCAUGCCCUUCCCUCCCCCGCCCCAAUCCGACCCACGCCCCUGCCCACGCUGCGACUCACUCAACACCAAAUUCUGCUACUACAACAACUACAAUCUCUCUCAGCCCCGCCACUUCUGCAAGUCCUGCCGCCGCUACUGGACCCACGGCGGCACCCUCCGCGACGUUCCUGUCGGCGGCGGCUCACGCAAAAACUCCAAACGCUCACGUUAUCACAACGCCCCCUCCUCUGCUUCCUCCUCUUCCUCCUCUGUUUCUCUUCUUCCUCCCGCCGCCGCCGCCGUCACUAACGACAUUAACGUGAAUCUCAACGACACCAUGUCCGGUCCUGCCACUUUCACUUCUCUCUUGAGCUCCCAAGGAUCCGGGUUUUUGGCUCUUGGUGGAUACGGGUCUGGAUCCGGGUCGGCUCAUGCCCCUGCAGCUUUUGACGAAAUGGGGUUCGGCUUAGGCAGGGGAUUAUGGGAUACCGCUUGUACUUACACUGAAGUUGGAGAUAUCGUCGGAGCUCCGGAAACGUCGUCGUCUGGAUACAACACGUGGCAGAUGAAUGACACCAAUGGCGACGGCGCUGGCGGUGGAGUUGUCGACGGCGAUUUGCUGAAUUGGCCGGACCUUGCCAUUUCCAUGCAAGGCAAGAGCUUGAAGUAAUCUAAUAAUACUACACACAAAAACACCCUCUCAAUGCUUUCCUUCAUUUUUUUUUUAAUGGCUUUCUGAAUCUUUCCUUCUGGGUUGUUUUCUGAAUCUCUCCGACACAAAUUCGACAAAGAAAACCAAAAAAAAGAACAAAAAUU